UGAGUCUCAUCACAUGGUCCAUAUGCCCGGAGAAAGUGAGCGAUCAUCGCAGCCUCUGCGCUCUCUAAACUCAAUCAGAGUAGGCGGCACUGUUCGCGCUCCACAGCCGAUGAACUGAGAGCAAAAGACCAGCCAUGAUUGUCAGCCUGCAGCUGUUUGAGCUGGAGGAGAGCUGAGGAGCGGUGAUCAUGCCGGAGAAGAGCGCGCAGUAGAAGUCUUCUCACUGAGGAUGGCAGGGAUGCUGCGCGCCGCAUCAGUCUCUCUGGCUCUGUGAAACGCACGGUGCCCUGGACGAGCCGUAAGGCAGGACCUGUGUGUAUGUGUGUGUCUGCAGCUCAGUGGAAUGUUUUCAGAUCUCCCCAAGGUGCUGAUACUGGGGGCCAUCGCAGCGGCCUCUGCCUUCGUGGUCACCAUCCUUAUCGUCUUGGUGUGUGUGGGGUGUCAGAGAAAAAGCAAGAGCAAACAUGGCCACGCCAACGGAGGAGGUCAGAAAUUGGAAACAGCUGCGCUGCGUCAAUCCAAGCUGAACUCAAUGAGUAAAUCUGACACCCGCCUGCAUGACAUGCACAGGCUGCCCUGCAACGCCAACGGCGCCCCUAAGAGCCGGCCGGCCAGCAUGGACCUCCUGCUCCUGCACACCCGCCGCUCCAAUUCUGACCUCCGAACCAGCUCUGGCCGCCAGCUGCCUCGUGUUCCCAACAAAUCUGACAGCGAGGAACGUGAGCACACCUACACUGAAGUUUGCCGCCGCACCUCUCCCACAUCCCACCCACCAGAUGACGGCCUGUAUGAGAGCGUUGGGAUCAAAGGGGCGGGAUCUGAUAAAGCCGCUCCGCCUGCUGCCCUUGCCCCGCCAUCAACCAACACGCCCACUCAGCGUCGUGCCCACAGCCCGACGUUCAGCGGGAAUGGCCAGGGUGGAAGCAGAGGAGGCAUGAAUCAAGAGGCAGUGACGGCAGAAUACGCCUCUAUACGGAAGGUGAAGAAGCUGGAGCGUGGCAGGAGGGAGGAAGUGGUGGAGGAUGGAGAAAGGGAGCACCAGAGCGUGUCCAGCAGUGAGUCCUCCAGCAGCACCUUGCCUAGGAAAACCGUGGAACCAUUUCACCUACCCAAUUUCCCAAAGGAGGCGGUCUUCAUGGGCAAUGGGGAGCAGUACAUUUGGAAACCACCAGAAGAGGAUGAGAUCAUCAUGCCAGGGGUUCCUCAGCUGGAGAACGGACACAGCCAUCCCACCGCCGUGGAGAUCUCUGACAUGUACUCUACCGUUUGUAAGACCCUGAAGAGGAGACACCAGCAGGGUCAAAGCCAGGAGGAGAGCAGGCCGAUGGCCUCAGCUGCGCCCCAGGAAGCAGACAGGGGCGCCGUGGGCUGGCCCGCUGCCGGCGCUACAGGGGAAGAGGCGUGGGGGAGGAGCGGCCCCCAGGAGGAGCCCUGCUACGAGCCUGUGGGCGAGAAGACGUGGCCCCGGGGCCUGGCUGUAGAGACAGACCCGGCUUACGCCACCAUCGAUUCCCACCGGAAAAGGGAGAAGCUGGCCAGCAACACGCUGAAGCCCAAAAAGAAGCCCCCACAGGCUCCGGGCAGAGCCAUGACCUGUGAGAACUUUUACGAGACAAUCGGCGAUGUGAAGCAAGGAGCAAACGCAGCGAGCACCACCACUAUCUUUACCUUUAACGACGGCAUGGAAAUGUACGUUACGGGGCUAUAAAAAAAGCCUGACUUAAACUGUCAAAUUAAACACCUAUAGAGGGGAAAAGAACAAACUGCAGCCCUCUUGUUCUGACAAAUGAAAAGAUACACACAGCCUACAGCUGCCAAACACAUGCCAACCUACAUAACCAGAUGACCAAUGUAUAUUUAUUGGAGAGCAACGCUCACGCAGACAAAAACAACACUGAAUUGGCUGAACCAGGCCUGCAGCCGGGCGGUUUUUAGCAUGCUUACCCAAUCCAGGGAUCUAAACUGGUUUUUCUGCUAUGCUACAGCAGUCGCUACAUGGCUAAAAAUGAUUUUUCUCUUGUUUCUCAGCAAAAUAUCUAAAUAUUCUUAAAUCAUGAUACAUUUAUUUGAGAAGCAAAAUGAUAUUAGAUAAAGUCUUGUUUUCUGAAAGAAAGAAAAAAAAAAAAACAUCAAAAUUAAGUGACAUUAUGCUUAAAACAAUGCCAAUGGGGUAAGAAAAAUAAAACUCAUUUUCCAUUUGAAUUAAGUUUAUUUCUUUUAAAUAAGCUUGUUUACUCUCUUACCCCAUUGGCAGAUAUUUUUUCUUGUUCUAAGCAAGGCCGUAACCAUGUCUUGAACAUUGGGGGGGGACCAAUUUUUUGUAAAGCAUAAAGAGAACAGUGAAGGAAAUUCUAGGUCUUAUUCUAGUUGGGAAAUAAUCAUUUUUGAACCAUUUGCAAAUAAUAUUUGCUUUAAAAUAUGCACAUAUGUCGAAAACAUAAAAGUCUCGUCAUACUCAGUUACAGUUACAGUUGAAUUACACAAAACACAUAAAUGCAUAUUUUCAAUUAAAAACAACCCAUAUUUGAGGAAAAAAAUCGAGUAGUUUGCAUCACUGGAUGUUACUGUCGGUCUUUUAUCUUUUAGAAAUUUCCACUCCCAUCGGUGUUUCAUGGUAUUGUGGUUUCACGCUUCUGUUUCCCAUACAACAUUGUAACUCGCUGCUUAACUACCAUAGUAUCAUUAAAGAAAUCAGCUAGCUAGUCACGACUGUUUCGCAAAACCUUGCUGCAAAUUUGUCAUUCAACCACGCUGGUUAAUGAUGUCACGCAGGUGGUGGAGUGUUAACUUCUUUUAAUGAAUCCAUUUGAUAUGAAAUUAAUGCUUUUUUGCUAUAAAUUACAGACAUCUGAGGACUAAUUCUCAUUUUUCUCAGUUAUUUUGCUUUAUUUACAGAUUCAAUCAUAGGCUCAUUCUUAUGUAUUAGAGCAUGUACGCACAUGCGCUGUCUUCAAAAAUGGCACUUUAGUCAGUGCCAAUAGCCUCGUGGGCAGCGCACCGACAUAUAGUGCCGAUGUGCUUCGGGCAACCUGAGUUCGAGUCCUGGCUCACGGUCCUUUCCCAAUCCCGUCCCCCUCUAUCCAUCCUGUCCCCCUCUCUCUCCCACUUCGCUUCCUGUCUACAUACUGUCCUUUCACAAUAAAGGCAAAAACUCCAAAAAAUAUAUAUAUAUUUUUUUAAACAGUGCUUUAAAUCUCUUGACAGACUAAAAGACGUAAAUGACAUUUGUACAUAUUUGAAAUAUAAGAUAUAGGUUGUACUGAAUCUCAGUUUGCUUAUUUUGCUCAAUAUAAGGAUUUGUUAAGUCCACGUCAUGCAAACAAGAAACUGCUUGUUUCAUGUUCCAUUGUUGGCGAGAGCUGUCGUUCCAACCACACAACUUUGAGAAGCUGUUUGCGAAUGUUCAUUGGAACUAUGGUUUCGGGAAACACCGACUCGUGCAACCAUGCUGAUAGCGACGAAACUUGCGACCAUAGUUGGCUAACAAUCUAUUUGGGAAACACACCAAUGUUUAGUAAAUCUCGCCCAUAAUAUCUUAAGUAAUUUUGCUUCUCAUGAUAAAUGCAUCUUCAUUUAAAAAUGUUUAGAUAUUUGUAAUGAAAAACAAGUCAAAAAUACUGAGUAAGACAGUGAUUUUUUGCAGUGUAAUGAUAGUUCACUGCAGGGUUAAAAUCAAUAUGACUGUAUGACUUACUGUAGCACAGGAGAGUUUGGAUCUGAUCAGGAUGUACACACUGUGGGUCAGUCCCACUGCUGUGUGAGCACUACCUGCAGAUUAACAAAGGGAUCACAUGAGACGCCCCCCCCUUCACUCUGAAAACACACCUGACUGGUUCUCUCAGCUUGAGACUGCCGUCCACCACCACAGUGUUAGUUUAGCUGAAACAGAAUACCGAGGUCUCUUUUUUCCACCUUAAACAUUAUGUUUGCGGAGUGACAGUUUAGGUGGUGUACAUACAGUAUGUGUGGUCAUUUUUCAGUACGCAUGUAACUUACAGUCAGGCUCAGGCGGAAUCUGCAGAUAUUUUUGCACUGGUCUUGGAGAAGAAUCUGCAGAAUUGUGGAUUUAAAGGCGUUAAAAUGAGCUACAAAGCUACCUGGUUACCUGAAUGCAUUACAUACAAUUGUUUUUACUUUACAAUAAAAUACAUUAUUUUUUUUAUUAUAUUAAAAUUUUAAAUUAUAUAUAUUUUUUAUAUACACCAACGUUCAAAAGUUUGGUUUCUCUAAGAUUUUUGAAUGUUUUUUUUAAAGAAGUCUAUUAUUUUUUCAGCAUUUAUUUGAUCAAAAAUACAGUAAAAACAGUAAUAAUGUUAAGUAUUAUACCAAUUUAAAAUAACUCUUUUCUGUCUUAAUAUAUUUUAAAAUGUAAUGUUUUCCUGUGAUGACAAAGCUGAAUAUUCAGCAGCCAUUAAUUUUUUGUGGAAUCCAUAAUAAGUUUUUUUAAAAGGUUCUUUGAUUUAUAGAAAAUUUAAAAGAACAGCAUUUUGUAACAUUAUAAAUGUAUUUGCUGUCAUUAACUGUAUUAAUUAAAAAAAAAAAGAAAAAAAAAAAAAAAAGGUAGGGAUGCACCGAUAUGAAAAUUUUGGCCGAUACCGCUAACCGAUAAUUCUUUAUAUUUGAAAGCCAAUAACCGAUAUAUUGGCCGAUAAAUCUAAAUCCAAUUUUUUAUAUAAUUUUUCAGAGGCUGAUUACAAAAACAAAAGUCUUACCAUUAAAAGCCAUGUCCAAAGCACACAAUUAUAAUGUUCUCAUAAUAUUAUGUAGUCUAUAUGACAAACUUGCACUGUACAUGUUGCGUUUAACUGUAUUUUCCUUUUUGAAGUGAUUUCAAUCAUAUUUCAAGCAAUUCAUAACCAUCAUGGUGGACAGUGUACAUCUGAAGUGUCUGAGCUGAAGGAAAUAAUCCAUUAUUUAUCAGCUUUAAUAUAUCGACCAAAUUUUCUUAUCAGGCCGAUAACAUUAACAUUAAAAAAGAACAUAUAUCGGCCGAUACCGAUAUGGUGGCCGAUAUUCGUGCAUCCCUAAAAAAAGUCUUACUGACCCCAAACUUUUGAACGGUAGUGUGUGUAUAUAUAUAUAUAUAUAUAUAUAUAUAUAUAAUUGUACCAUUAUUAUUAUUAUACAUAAUGUUUUAUAUAAAGUAUAUACAAAUAUCUAAUAAAGAAAACUGCAAAAUACUUGAUAUAUAAACACUUUGGCAAAGUUUUCUGUGGAGUUUUACAGGUUCAGAUUCCGUGUGGGCCUUCUUAAAGGUCACUUUAUGACUGUGUAAGUGCAUUAGCUCUUAAUUUCUGUUGUUUUUUUGUUAUUUUGUCUAUAGCAUGCCACUUCUGCUCAAUCUUUGGAUGUCAGGUAGUUUUAGUGAUAUGCCACUCGUUUCUCACAAGAUUUGAAUUUUUUUUUGUUUGCAAUAUGAACAGAAUGGAAAGUAGUAAAAACGGCAAAACAAGAUUUUCUCGGGAUGCCUCAGCCUAGUUAACAUGUCAUUUUCAAUGGCCAUUGUUAACAUGGGAGUUUAUGAGGCUUGUAGUGUCAGUAUGCUGGAACAUUGCGGUGUGAGUACAGAGGGCAAUAAAGGCUUCCAGUUUGGUCGGGGCCACUCUCGAUCCACUGCUCUCAGGUCAGUGUGAGCCAGCACUGCUCCCCGGCUCACUGGGCCUCCGACUGGCUUAGCCGCCAGCAGCAUUUCAUGGAGACAGUGUCCAAGGAAAACACAGCACAAGGCUUAUGGUUGCUAGUAAAUGUCUUUUGGAAGGACGUCUCAUAUUCUGGGCUGUCUGUGUGACUUGAUCCUAUUGUAAACAAUGCCUUUCCCACAUGCAUUAUGGGAGCUUGGAUUAGAAUUGGGGAAAAUAAUAGCACAAUGGAGCAACCUCUGCAAGGGGAAACCAUUUGAGAUGAUCCCCGAAGACUUCCAAGGCCCAUCAGCAUGAAAUAAAACAACUCCGAUGCAUGGUUGGUGAUUUUUACUACACUGCAUAUACAGAUCAUUAAAGUCUGUUGGAGGGCUACAGGAAAGGCCCAGAGGAAAGGGAUUUGGGGAUUCGAGAGGGCCAAAUUAUCAGCUCAGGGAUGGAUAGAUAGAGUUCAUUAAGGAUAAAUAACCAAGACACUGUCCUCAUCCAUGUCACACGCAACCUCUGGUGAGAAACGUUGGGUUUGUCAUGUCAGUUUUAAUAUAUACUCAGAUGAAAGAUUUUUAUGGCACUCUAUUUUCUUAUAAAAUUGUAUUGGUUGACUCCACUUGUAGCAACAUGUUCAGAAAGCUACUAUCACUGCCAUUCACGUGUUCCACUGUUCUGUUCAAGUAGGCUGCAACUAUUUCCUUGCUUGCAAUGCAUGCUUCUGAAAACAAAAGCUCUCGUUUUUUUUCUUUAUCCUCUCUGGUGCAUCAGAUAUAAUGUAUAAUUCAUACCCGUGCCUCACACUAUAAGACAUAGUGCCAAAAAAAUAAACACGGAAUACCGGUCACCAAAUGGGAAGAGGAGACACAACAGACUGCUGCUGCUGCUGAGAGGUUAUGGAUCGUCUCAGGGAGCACAAAGCACAUAUCUGGUCCAGGACUCGUCCAAAACAGUGGGGAUCUGGUCUCACAGCAACUGUAGGCUCUCUCUGCCACUAUUAACAUGUGUCCUUGAGACUUGACGUUUGCCAUAUUGAGGGAGGAAGUGUGCUCCACUUUAGCUUUGGCUUGGCGGUUCCUCCCACUCCUGAAUCUGUCCUUCUAGCACAGGGCUCGCUUUGUAUAGUGGGGUGGAUCAGUGCUUUUGAUGUUGUCGCUUCUGAGAAAGGCUGGGAGAAGCAAUCGUCCAGAUCGUCCAUUGUUUUUGUCGAAAACGAGGGUGUGAUUUGUACAGAUUGCACAAGGGUUUACUGGUUUUUAGAGGCAGAGAAAUGACAGGCCUGAAGUAUAUUUAUUGGCAAGUGUGUAAAUAAGAUAUCUAUUAAAAAUCCAUCUGCUUGCGUUAAACAGACGACAUCCAUUGACGUGAUGCUUCUCGUUCACCCAAAAAAACAAAAUGGACAUUCUACCAUAAUGAAACAGACCAAAUCGCAUGUAUAUAGAGCAUACUGCAAUGCAACAUAACUAUAUUAUGAAAAGAAAAGCUCUGGUAUUGAUGUUUUAAAAAGCAAUGAAAGGUUUCUACUUCUGCUGUUUAGGUUGUAUGUUGUGAAGUGUGUACUUAGUAACACUGCUUCCCCAGCAUAUGUCCUUGGCUUAACUGAGUUUAUGUGUGGUCCACCCAAAGUGUAACACAGAGUAUGGUGUAUAAAAAAAAAUAUCUGUUUAGUAAUAUUCUGUGCAAAAGAUUGUAAUGUUUUCUAUAAAAAAAAAAAAAAAAAUCAUUCAUAUGAAUAUUUGUUUUUACUUUUUUAAUAAAGUUGCACCUUAUGA